UUCCCCCUUCUUCCUUUUCCCGCCUGUUCUCGUCUGUGGAAGGGCAGGAGGCGUCGGCUUCGGUUUGAACUGUCCUCGCGGCCCCCUUCUCCUGCACCCCGGAACUGGCUUGGAGAAUUUGAAAUCCACAAUAAAUUUCCUGACCAGAAGGACCUUAGGCAAUAUUAGAAGCUAUUUGGUGAGAGUGCUGGCCCCUAGCAACUGGGUUGAAGGUAGAAGAAAUGAAUUCUGCAGAUACACUUGAUGAUGAAGAUACUUUUAAAAUUUUGGUUGCAACAGACAUUCAUCUUGGAUUUAUGGAGAAAGAUGCGGUCCGAGGAAAUGAUACAUUUGUAACAUUAGAUGAAAUUUUGAGACUUGCCCAGGAAAAUGAAGUGGAUUUUAUUUUGUUAGGUGGUGAUCUUUUUCAUGAAAACAAACCCUCAAGAAAAACAUUGCAUACUUGUCUGGAAUUAUUAAGAAAAUACUGUAUGGGUGAUCGUCCAGUACAAUUUGAAAUUCUCAGUGAUCAGUCAGUCAACUUUGGUUUUAGUAAGUUUCCAUGGGUGAACUACCAAGAUGGCAAUCUCAACAUUUCUAUUCCAGUUUUUAGUGUUCACGGCAAUCAUGAUGAUCCCACAGGGGCAGAUGCUCUCUGCGCAUUGGAUAUUUUGAGUUGUGCAGGAUUGGUGAAUCACUUUGGACGUUCAAUGUCUGUAGAAAAGAUAGACAUUAGUCCUAUUUUGCUUCGAAAAGGCAGCACAAAAAUUGCUCUCUAUGGGUUAGGAUCUAUUCCAGAUGAAAGGUUGUAUCGAAUGUUUGUCAAUAAACAAGUAACAAUGUUGAGACCAAAGGAAGAAGAGAAUAGUUGGUUUAACUUGUUUGUGAUUCAUCAAAACAGAAGUAAACAUGGAGCCUCGAACUACAUUCCAGAACAGUUUUUGGAUGACUUCAUCGAUCUUGUUAUUUGGGGUCAUGAACACGAGUGUAUAGCACCAACCAAAAACGAGCAGCAGCUCUUCUAUGUUUCACAGCCUGGAAGUUCAGUGGUUACUUCCCUUUCCCCAGGAGAGGCUGUGAAAAAACAUGUUGGUUUACUGCGCAUUAAGGGGAGAAAGAUGAAUAUGCAAAAAAUUCCUUUAAAGACAGUACGACAGUUUUUCAUAGAGGAUAUAGUACUUGCUGAUCAUCCAAAUAUUUUUAAUCCAAAUAGUCUUAAAGUAACUCAAGCAAUACAAAAUUUUUGUUUGGAGAAGGUUGAAGAAAUGCUUGAAAAUGCUGAAAGAGAACGUCUGGGAAAUCCCCGGCAGCCUGAAAAACCUCUCAUAAGAUUAAGAGUUGACUAUGCAGGAGGAUUUGAACCUUUCAGUGUUGUCCGCUUCAGCCAGAAGUUUGUGGAUCGGAUAGCUAAUCCAAAAGAUGUUAUUCAUUUUUUCAGACAUAGAGAGCAAAAGGAAAAAACAGGAGAAGAAAUCAACUUUGGGGAGCUUAUCACAAAACCGCCUUCAGAAGGACCUACUAUAAGGGUAGAAGAUCUUGUGAAACAGUAUUUUCAGACUGCAGAGAAAAAACUGCAACUUUCCCUUCUAACAGAGCGGGGGAUGGGUGAAGCAGUGCAAGAGUUUGUGGACAAAGAAGAGAAGGAUGCCAUAGAGGAACUGGUAAAAUAUCAGUUGGAAAAAACACAGAGAUUUCUUAAAGAACGUCACAUUGAUGCAGCUGAAGAUAAAAUUGAUGAAGAGGUACGUCAUUUCAGAGAGAGCAGAAAAAAGAAUACUACUGAGGAGGAGGAAGAGGUUCGAGAGGCAAUGAGUAGGGCCAGAGCCCACAGAGCCCAGUCAGAAGACUUAUCUUCAGAAUUUAGUGUUGAUGACCUUGCAAGCAUAGAUAUGGCAGAACAAAUGGCCAAUGAUUCAGAUGGCAGUAUCUCAGCAACAUCCAACAAAGGAAGAGGCCGAGGGAGAGGUCGAAGAGGUGGAAGAGGACAGAAUUCAGCAGCAAGAGGGGGUGCUCGCAGAGGAAGAGGGAGCACUCAGGAGAUAUUUGUUAGAAGCCGGGGUUCUAAAGCCUUUUUAUCUUCACCAGCAAAAAACAUGUCUAUCAUUGAUGCCUUUAAAUCUGCACAACAACCCACCCGUAGUGCCACAACUAAGAAUUACUCAGAGGUUAUUGAAGAUGAUGAUUCUGACAUGGAAGAUGACUUUUUCCCCACUACUUCCAAAGUAGAUAAAAAGUUCUCAAGCAUUACAUCUAGCAGAAAAAGUUCCCAGAGCCAGACAGCUAAAGGAGUUGAUUUUGAAUCAGAUGAGGAUGAUGACGAUCCCUUUAUGAACAUGAAUGCAUCCAGAAGAAAUAGAAGAUAAUUUCUGUUAGCUCUUUGAAUUUAAUGACAUUCUGAAAUGCUCAGGAUUCAUGAAACAAUCAGAAAACGUUGCAGAGAUUUUACAGUUGAAUAUAUUAAGAGCAACUUGUUUUGUUAAACGCUUUCUUUUAAAAUUGCCUGUGUUGCAGUCGACAGCAGUGGAAUAUCUUGAAGUAAAAGAGUGAUUAUUAAUUAAGGAGACUAGGGUAUAGGAGUCUACGUUUUUGAGUAUUUCCUGAUUAUGGUUCAGAGAUUUUAAUUUAUCAGACUUUACAAACCUUUUGUUGCAGCUCCAGAAUACACUUAAUAGCAUUUUUUUUAAUGUUAUCAGGAUGUUACUACUCUCUGGUAAUGCAGUAACUCGUUAUAAAAGAUAUGAUAACAUUUACUACACACACACACACAUACAUAUACAUGUGUGUAUGUAUGUGUAUAAAAGCAUAUGGAUUGAUGUAUUAGAGAAUAGCUUUACUUUCUUCUUGGAAUGUUGGUUGAGAGAAAGAAGAAUAAAAUAUCUGUCAAUUUGCAUUGCUACUCUGUGAAGCAAUAAAAAAAAUUAUGUUACAAUUACCAGAUGUAACUACAGUCUGAGGAAACUAGUUGAUAAGAUUUGUUUUCAUAAUCCAAAUUAGAUUAGUUUCUCGAUCUCCUGCUAGUAAAAUUAAAUAGGCCAAAAAAGCAAACAGACAAUAAAAACCAAGGUCCAGUCUCCAUUUAUAUUUUGUAUUGUUUUUAUUUUCUUUUCCUCAUUACACUCUUUCACCACUUAGUGUUAAUUGAUGUUUUUCACAUAAUUUCAGUUCAAUUCAACCAAGAUUUAUUUAGCAUUUAUUUUGUACAGCACUAUCCAGGCUGCUAGGACACAAGCAAUUUAAACAAUCUCUUCCUUCAUGAAAUUUGCAUGCAGGCUUUGUGCCACAAAGUAACAUUUAAAGGAUCAGUGAUUCCAUCAGAGUAGGUACCUCUUGUCCCCAGUGCAAAUUGCCACCCUUCUAAACCUCAGCUGAUGGCCUUCAUGAGUAGUUAUGAUAGGUAUUUAUCAUUUGAUCUUCACCAUGCCUUCUGGUGAUGAGCCUCUCUGACAUGCUAUCAGUAACUGGACUCAUAAUUGGAACUUUUUCAGCUUGGUAGAAGCUGCCAGAGUUUGUGCUCCAUUGGUAGAACAUAAGGUCACCUCCACAACAUGAGGCAUUGGAAUAGGACUUUAGUGGAAGACACAUGACUAUAAUGCAAAAUAUGUAAGUCCAUCAUAGAAGUGCAAACUAAGUAAGGAUGGAGGGAGGAAAGAUGAAGGAUUAAAUCUAAAUGUUGACACUAGAAUAUGCAACAAACUUACUGUCGUAAUUGUGUAGGGAAUUUGCUAUUUGCUUCCGUAGUAAAAAUCUUAAAAAUACCCACUGAGUAUUAAUAAUUCUUUACAUUUCCUCUUGUUCUUAUUGCUAAUGAUUUUUUUUCUGAUGUAUCAUGCAUUUGAUGUAUAUUUCUAGGAGAAAAAUAAAAGGUUUUUAAAGAAAAUUAAAAAUGUAAGGUCAAAAUAUUUUGUGUUUGCCAGACAGUUACAGUUCACUUGAGCUAUUUGUUAUUGAAAUAUUAAAGUAUAACUUAUGUUUUGUAAAGUGU